AUGCAGAUAGAAUUACCACUUAGUCCUAGAUGCACGAAAGCUUCCAUCUUGAAUGGUUCUGGGCCAGUAAAUGAAUCGGAAGGUUUGGCAAGCUUAGAGGUGGAAAUUUUACUACCAACAUUAGCUAAUGAAGCAACCACCUUGCUUGUGAAACCACAAGAUUUGCCUAUAUCAACUGCCUGUUUUAGUCAGAAAGUUGAGAGACUCACCCAUAACCGUCAUAAAGCAAAGAGAGAAAUUUCAAAUGCUACUGCUACACUCUACUCGUCAUAUCGUUCAAAUGGGCUAAUACUCAGAAAUUUACUUCAUACCGGGUUUGCUGAAAAUUGGUUAUUAAAGGGUCCACCAAUCAAAGCGUUGGUUCCUCCUUAA